CAGUUACGGCAGCUGCAUUCUGCAUGAUGUCAGUUUGGUUAUAUUUAAUUUAGCAACGAAGCUCUUGCGUCAACUCAGCAGAACCAACAGCCUUUGACCGGCGUUUGUGUUGCUCUCCAGAUGGAGCAAACAGGGAGUGGAAGUUCUUCGCAGAGACGAUAUUCAUUGAGCAUGUCUAGUCGUAGAAGCCAUCAAACACAGGAAGACGAUGAAACAGGGAGUGAUAGUGUUUCAGAGGCCGGAGAUAUUGGGGAUCGAGCUCUUCCCAGUAGGAGGUACGGUGCCAGUAACAGCUUCCGCUUGUCCUUUGAUCGCCGAUCGGAAAAUGGGAUUUCUGCUUCCAUUACCGACAAUCUCAAAUCGCAGCCGCACCCUGCGUUUUUGCAUUCCAAUGCCCCUGUUACUCCUUUACCGCCUGACACCUCAUCACCAAUCCCCACCGCUGCAAUACUGGCUCCUGAGGACUCAAAACAAGAAUCUGAUAAGGGAUUGCCGGAGUUACUUGACUAUGCCUCAUGUCUUGUUCAUUUAGCUGUUUUUGGAAUUCUUGGGGUCUUAACAAGAUACUUACUGCAAAAGUUAUUUGGCCCGGGAGUUGGUGGUGUGACAAGUGACCAAACUAUUCUUUACCUGGACCUCCCCAGUAACAUGGUGGGUUCUUUUCUCAUGGGAUGGUUUGGUGUUGUAUUCAAAGGAGACAUAUCACGCGUGUCAGAGCACCUAGCCAUAGCAAUAUCAACUGGUUACUUAGGAAGCCUCACGACUUUCAGUGGUUGGAAUCAGAAAAUGCUGGAACUCAGUGUUUCCGGGCAUUGGCUUUUCGCUGCGCUUGGCUUUUUUAUAGGUCUGUUUCUCGUUGCAUUUUCCAUCAUCUUUGGAAUAGAGACAGCCAAGGGUUUCAGGUGGCUUCUCAACAGGAGUUCAGUAUGUAAAAGAUGUGAGAUGAAGUGGAAGGUGAGUACCUGCAAGCGUCAGUUAGGAGUCAUGGCGGUGUUGGUGGUGGUGCUAGGAUUAUUAUGGGGAGUGUUUGGCGCACUGGUGAAGGCUAAGUUCAAGCAUGGCGGAAGUGCCGCUCAGUUAUGGUUUGGCUGUAUGGUCGGACCUGUAGGUGUAUGGAUUCGAUGGUUCUUAGCACGCCUCAAUGGAAGAGGACUGGGGAGCUCAGGCCUCAUGAAAUGGAUUCCAUUUGGGACUCUGAUUGCCAAUGUUUCUGCUGCUGGUGUCAUGGCUGCUCUUGCUACUGUCAAGGAAGCAGUGAACACAAGGAAUUGUGAUACUGUUGUGGCAGGGAUACAGUUUGGUCUGAUGGGGUGUCUGAGUACAGUGUCAACAUUCGCUGCUGAGUUCAACGCAAUGAGGGAAAGCAAGCAUCCUUGGAGAGCAUAUGCAUAUGCCGCGAUUACUAUAUGUGUGUCUUUCUCUCUUGGGAUCUUAAUCUACUCCGUGCCUGUGUGGACUAGAGGCUUUGAUGUGGACACAUAGCAAGUGAGCAUGGAAAGAAGACGACGUUGUGAUGGAAACCUGAGGAGGACCACGCGGUUGAGGGUAAAUCUUCAUUUGGUUCUUCUGUUGACGAGUAAGCUCCGACUAUAUUCAAACUGAGGUGGCAAUUAGCGAGUUAGCAAGCUCAUCGACUCUUCUGAUAGAUAUUGAGUAGCUAAAGAAAAUGUGUCAGGAUAAAGAGGUUGUGGCUUCAAAGAGUGCUCUCAAACUCCAUGAAAGCAUGACGUGCGAUCACAAAGGAAUCACGUUGCCUUGGGUCGCUAGUAAACAGUGUUCAAUUGUUUUGGUCUUUUGGAUCAGGGCGUAUAAAGUUCUACUUUUGUCUACGAUGAAGGACUUUUUGGGGCCUAUCUUAUAUACGUGUGUGUGUGAUGGCCACGGACAAGUCCGUUUAAAAAUCAGAAAGCAAAGAAUUCGUGCA